UUCAUCAUCAACGCUUCUCAGCCCGCCAACGACAAGAUCUUCGAUGUCGCCGCCUUCGAGAAGUUCCUCCAGGACCGCAUCAAGGUCGAGGGCCGCGUGAACAACCUCGGCGAUAACAUCACCAUCUCCUCGACUGGCGAUGGAAAGAUUGAGAUCAUCUCCCAUAACGACCUCUCGGGCCGCUACCUCAAGUACCUGACCAAGAAGUUCCUCAAGAAGCAGCAGCUUCGUGACUGGCUCCGCGUCGUCGCCACCUCCAAGGGCGUCUACGAGCUCAAGUUCUUCAACGUCGUCAACGAUGAGGCCGACGAGGACGAG